AUGUUUGCCAGUUUUGAUGUCUACUCAGACCUCCGCAACAUUACUUCAUCAACCCUCAUUGCUACCACCAAGUCUGGCGACCACAACAACAAGCUUGUUGUCGGCGCUCACUCGAAUGGUGUACUUGAGGGUCCAGCAAUCAACGACGUUGCAAGUGGCCUAGUUGGGGUCUAUGAAGUCGCCAAAGGAUUAUCAAAUUACAAAAUCAAGAACGCGGUAACAUUUGCCUUUUGGACCGCCCAACAGGCCAGUUAUCUGCCCGGCUCAACACAUUUCAUCAAGAACCUCACUCCAGCUGACAAUGCCAAAAUCCGUGCUUACUUGAACUUCGACCUGAAACAUGGCGACGGCAAGGCCUUUGGCACGCCUGGACCCGACGGCUCCACUCAGAUACAAAACCUCUUCCAGCGGUACUUCAAAGCUGCAGGAACAAGCACUAUCCCAAAGGAGUACGACGGCCGCUCCGAUCAUGUACCUUUUUUCGAUGCUGGAAUUCCCGUCGGAGGAACCUCGACAGGCCGAGAUGUGCAAAAGGCCCCUGAACAGGCUGCCAUUUUUGGCGGAACAGCUGGUAUCUACUACGACCCUUGCUUUCACCUGCCAUGCGACACAGUCAAGAAUUUGAAUCUGGACGCCUGGAUCCUUCACAUCAAAGGCAUUGCCGAGGUUGUUGCUACUUAUGCCAACUCCUGGGAUGGAUUCCCAAAGAGGACUACCAGCGCUGCAAAGAAAAGCUUAAUCCGUACCAGAGAUAUUAACGAGAAGUCAUAUGCCUAA